AUGAUUUCUUCCGCUCUUCCUGCCAUUUUCUCCUACGACUCAACUUCCUUAGAAUCCGAAGACUUGCCUACUGCGGAGGACGAAAUUCUUGGUAUUGGGCCUUCGACAUAUUAUCAUGCAUGCGAACCACCCGAAGCUCCCUGGGAGCCCCACCUCGCGGAGUUCAGCACCACUCCAAUGUUCUUGCAAACCUGGGAGUGGUACGAGAGGCUCAAGACGUGUUUGUACGCAACACCCAACCUGGACGCAUACUACGCAGCAAUUGAUGCGUCCGAAGACAAAGGUUCUGCAGCAUCAUUGGCGAGUGCUGUUGGCGGAACUCGUUGGCAUGACGUGUGUCAUCCGAUUCCAUCACGAAUAUCUACCUUUUCCGCACUACAGGUUUUGUCGCCGGAAUCCUCCCUGGUGCAAGGGGACGAAAUAUCGGCGUUGGCAUCGAUAUCUGAUGCAUGGCAGAUAGACUCCACUUCCGAUGAUACAGAUUGGUCAUCUAUAGUUGCAGAGUUGCAAGAAAAUAUCAUGAAACCUCAUAAUGAGACGCCUGCGGAUCCUUCCCUAGAUAUUUCCGGCAGCCAAAUUCCUGCUUUACCCGACCUAUCCACUGUAUCCGCAAUGGAGUGUAUGAAACCAAGCGAGGCGCCGCACGCAGGGCCAAGAACCCAAGUCCAAACCCUGUAUGCUAUCGACAAUACUAACGUCAGUUCGAACCUCCUUGACGGCAGCUACGUUGGUGCUGUCAACGGACCAGCGGUGCUCAGCCGUGCAGGCACUGAAGGCCUACCAACUAUCCAAGAUUUGCGACCUUAUUCGUCUCUGUACGCACCCUUGGCGUUCUUCGGACAACCCCCCUCUAUCUCUGUUCGUUAUUUCGCGGGAAAUACGGCAACCUAUCCUCAAAUCGCCCCCGGAACCCGAUAUCAAGCCUCUUACGGAAAGCUUCCCAUCGCUACGGCAAUAGGAACCUGGCCAACAAGUGCAUUUGCCGGGCCAUAUUCUUACAGCAUUUACACCUCACCUCGGUCACCUCCCCCAGGAACGAUUCCGUACAUCUCAAAGCGCCUACGGUCAGCGAAUCCAAAAACUGAAGUCAAGUUUCAAUCUAGUGCCAAGACAACCCAUGGGGACACGCAUAUAAGAUACCAGCCUGCUAAGAAGCAUACGGGGGUUGGGGAGGGUAUCCACUCGGUCCAUACCGCCAACGACGCGAAAGGUCAUCAGCUCGCACGAACAUUCAUGCGGAGAACCUAA